UGCCCUGGGCCCUUCAGUCCUGGAGUUCCUGGAUCUUCUCACACCCACCAUGAAUACCUCCCAAUUCCCGGCCUCCCUCUUCCCAGGAUUCCUGCAGGGUAAGAAUGGGACCCAUCCACUGGAUUUCCUCUACAACUUCUCUGUUGGCUGCCAGGAUUCAGUGGACCUGUUGGCCUUCAUCAUCACCACCUACAGCAUUGAGACCAUCUUGGGGGUCCUGGGAAACCUCUGUUUGAUAUAUGUGACCACGAGGCAAAAGGAGAAGUCCAACGUAACCAACCUACUCAUUGCCAACCUGGCCUUCUCUGACUUCCUCAUGUGCCUCAUAUGCCAGCCCCUCACAGCCACCUACACCAUCAUGGACUACUGGAUCUUUGGUGAAGUCCUUUGCAAGAUGUUAACUUUCAUCCAGUGCAUGUCAGUGACAGUCUCUAUCCUCUCAUUGGUCCUCGUGGCCUUGGAAAGGCACCAGCUCAUCAUCCAUCCAACAGGCUGGAAGCCCAGCAUUUUCCAUGCCUACUUGGGGAUUGUGAUCAUCUGGUUCAUUUCUUGCUUCCUCUCCUUGCCCUUUCUGGCUAACAGCAUGCUGAGUGACCUCUUCCACCAUAACCACUCAAAGGAUGUAGCAUUUCUGGAGGACAAGGUGGUCUGCAUUGUAUUCUGGUCCUCAGACCACCACCGUCUCAUCUACACCAGCUUCCUGCUGCUCUUCCAGUACUCUGUCCCUCUGAUUUUCAUCCUGGUCUGCUAUGUACGUAUCUACCAGCGCCUGCGGAGGCAGAGGCGUGCUUUCCACAAGGACGCUUGCAGUUCACGAAUGGGGCAGAUGAAGAGGAUCAAUGGCAUGCUCAUGGCAAUGGUGGCUGCCUUUGCCGUGCUCUGGCUGCCCCUGCAUGUGUUCAACACUCUGGAGGACUGGUACCAGGAAGCCAUACCUGCUUGCCAUGGCAACCUCAUCUUCUUGCUAUGCCACAUGCUUGCCAUGGCUUCCACCUGUGUCAACCCCUUCAUCUACGGCUUUCUCAACACCAACUUCAAGAAGGAUAUGAAGGCCCUGGUGCUGACCUGCCAUUGCAGGUCACCCCGGAGGGAGUUGGAGCAUCUGCCCCUGUCCACUGUGCACACGGACCUCUCCAAAGGAUCUCUGAGGCUGGGUAGCAAGUCUAACUUUAUGUAGUCCUGUCCAGGCUUUUCCUUACCAUUUUCUUUUGACAGACCCUUUCACUUAGCUUAAGUAGACCCAUUGCAGACCGGGUUAGCAUCCUGUUAUUUUUGGCUUUGGGAACUAAGAUAGGCUGGCAAGAGACUUGAAGCUUGGCAGUCAGAUGGUUUAGACAUUUGCUUGUGGGAGAAUUUUGAAUCCAGAUUCUGCAGAUUACACAGUGAACUUUGCGUUUGAGCUUCAGGGUGUUACAGCCAGAGACGGUGGACGCUAACAGCCAUUCAGCACAGAUGCCUGGCCUAAAAACCUUCAUCCACGUCCUGGGCAUUCAGCUAACUUGCCCUGAGCAAUGUGCCAUGCUAUUUCAAGGGAUGCUGGGUGUCCCAGUAGCCUUCGACAGAAGGAGGUUCAGGGAGUUGGAAGUCUGUUUAAUAAAGGAACAGGGACAGUAGGAAUGGGCAACAAUGAAUGUGACUGUCUCAUCUAUGGAGGUCAAAGACCAGUGCCCCUCCUGGCUGCUGAACUGGGUUCAGGCAUCCUCAGUGUAUGCACUAGACAGCUUGCCUUUAGAAAGAAGGGAAUGCCAACACUGCUCUUGGCCCACAUACGAUGGGAUGUUACAGCCCAGUUCUGUCUGUGUGGAGCAACCUUCCAAUACAGUGAAUACACUCGUCCCACGGAAGGCCUGUCCCCACCCUGAGCAGUGUCUGAUGGGCUCUCCGGCCUUGGUCCCUUACCAAGCGUAUGUGUAACUGAUGUCCAGGACAGGUGCUUCUGGCCACCACUUCCUUCUAGCUCGUCUCAGCGUUUGGUCACAUUUCCAGUUUAACUCCUUUGUUCCUGGAUUUUGAGAUUUCGUUUCUUUUCUUUUUUGAAAUGGGGUCUUACUAUGUAGCCCAGGCUGGCCUAGAGCUCCUGCCAAGCCUCAUUUCUCAGCACUGGUUGAAGCAUAAGUCAUCACACACAUCAUGAGAGAUGAGUGUUUGAGGCAUUCUUGUUCUCUGGUAGAGGCUAGUGCUGACUAUUUCAAGUGACCAACUUUGAGCAAAGGCUAGACUUUCAGGACCACCCUGGCAAGAUGUCAUUGUCCAAAACACACACACACACACACACACACACACACACACACACACACACACACACACACACACACACCCAGGACCUCAGCCUUCUCCAGAUAUGGUUCUGGUUCCUAGAAUUUAUGCUUUUCAUUAAUUAGGCUCAGUGGGGCCAAGAUGCCAAUGGUUCAGGUUAGAUAUUUGGUGAAGGUGUUAGGAAUUGGGAUGUUAUGUAGAAGCUGCCCUGAGUGUCUCUUCUGUCCCCAUCCCCCGACCCUGGUUAGGAUGACAUUAGCCUACCCAGACGGCGUUUCCUCAUCCUGGUGUCCUGGUGUGUAAUGGCCCAGGAUUUGUUGGUUACCAGCUUCCUUGAUGUUUGCCAACCUGAGCAUGUUCUGCAGACCAGUCUUCCUUGCACCUGGAGGCUGUUAGAUUCAGUCUUUGCUGCAGAUGUACUGAAGAUGAACCUGCUUUUGGCCAGAAGAUGUAGGUUAAUUGUAGGCACACUGAAGACAGGAAGCUCUGCUUAGGAAGUAGGUCACCCUGGGGCUUGGGUGAAAAACCUGUAAAUGUACACUCUGGGGGCUGAAGUGGAUCCAUGUUCUGAACAGCUCUUUAAACGUUGAAUUGCUAAAAAAAAGAGAUAUUCUGUUUUGGCUGUUGUUUCUCUGGCCGCAUGUGGACAUAUUUUUUGUGAAGCAUUUCCGUUAUUACCAUAAAUACUUGCCAAAUACAUAGGGUGCAAAGCUCCAUUCACAGGGAGCCUGCCCUUUGUAUUCUGCUUUACUUCACAUAAAACUACACUGCUAACACUUUCCCCUUGGGGUUGAUAGCUGCUCACCAGUGCAGGAACUGCUGGCACCCUGCAGCAUUCCUGCCUGACUCCUCGCAGCGGGUGGUUGGGGGGAGGGCUCCUAUGGCCACGUUAGUAGCUGCUCCGUGUGGGGGAGCGCUGGGGUUAGCUCUGGAGACUUUCCCACAAAGCAAGCCUGGGAGUUCUGAGACUAUGUGAAGCCUUAUCAAAUCCUGGCAGUAAGAGCUCAACCUUGUUUGAAUCUAGCCUUUUCCUCUUCAAUAAACAACCUUGACUUGCCUUAUAAAACUAA